AUGGGAGGCAAACUGAGCAAGAAGAGGAAGGGAUAUGAUGUGAGUGACCCCAAAGAGACAAAGGAUGGGACUGCAACGCCGGCUAAAGCGGAGGCACCCACAGAAGCUGAGGUGAAAGCUGAGGCAAGCAAUGUGGUGGAGCAAGCUGUGGAGUCUGCUGUAGCAGCAGUAACUGAAUCUGUAAAAGCUCCAGAAGAGCCCAAAUCUGCACCUCCAGAGGAGCCAGCUCCAGUAGAGGCAGCUCCAGUAGAAGAACCACCUGCAGCAGAAGAGAAGGCAGCUCCAGUAGAGGAACCACCUGCGGCAGAAGAGAAGGCAGCCCCAGUAGAGGAACCACCUGCGGCAGCAGAGAAGGCAGCUCCAGUGGAGGAACCACCUGCGGCAGAAGAGAAGGCAGCUCCA